CUCACGUGAUGCCGUAGCUCCGCCCUUUCCCAUUACUCUGAUCCUGCUCUGUACCAUGGCGAGAGGAUGGAGUGUGGCGGUGGGAUACAGUGCGUUACCUGUCUUGCUUGUCACUUGCCUUGUGCAGCGCUGCUGGGCAAUGCACACUAAAGGCUCUCUGGCCCUGGACCACAUCACUUUCUACAAGGUCAUCCCAAAGAGUAGGUUUGUGCUGGUAAAAUUUGACACUCAAUAUCCAUAUGGAGUUCAACAAGACGAGUUCAAACAAUUGGCAGAAAGUUCCUCUUCCAGUAAAGACCUUCUUGUUGCUCAUGUAGGAAUAUCAGAUUAUGGAGACAAACUUAAUCUGGAACUGGCUGAAAAAUUCAACUUGGAUAAAGAAAAAUUUCCCUAUUACUACUUGUUUGUGAAUGGGAAUAUUGCAAAUCCUGUAAUUUAUGUAGGUCCUGUAAAGACCAGUGCAAUCCAACUUUGGCUGAAAACUCAAGGGGUAUAUUUAGGAAUGCCAGGCUGCAUAGAACAAUAUGAUGCCUUGGCUGGAGAAUUCUUAUUAACCACUGAGAAAGAAAAACAGAGUAAUUUAUUGAUCAGGGCAAGGGCCUUGAUGGCAGAAGCUGGAGAGUCAGAGAAACAUGCGGCAGAGCAGUACAUCAAGAUCAUGAGUAAAAUCAUAGAUCAAGGAGAAAACUUUGCCCACAAUGAAUAUGAACGCAUAACUAAACUGAUCGAAAAGAACCAAAUGAGCCAACCCAAGAAGGACGAUCUCCAGAAGAGGCUCAAUAUCCUUAGCAGCUUUCAAAACAAAAACACAAUGAGAGAAGAGCUCUGAACGAUGACCUGAUUCUUCCAUGUUUAUUUUAUGGGCAGCAAAUUUAUAAAAACAUUUGUCUUACAACCCAAGAAUAAUGCAAGAAUUUAAACACUGCAACAGUCAUUAUAAAUAACAUCUGUUUCCAAGUUCAGUAA